AUGGAUUCUGCUUUAGAAAAAAAUAAGGAAAGAGCUGAUUUAUUAGAAAGAAAUUUAAAUUUUGAUCCUGCACGUCCUAGAUUGAAGAGUCAACAAAAGGGCAGACAUGAGCCUGUAUUAAUCCCAUUAGUUGGGGAAAGAUACACUAAAUACAUGGGCGAUGAUGUUGACAAAGAAUUUUUACAAAGAGGUGAAAGAGAAGUAGUCAAAUAUUGUCAAAGUAUUAAUGGAAGGAUGACUCAGGAUAUGUUUGAGUUAUUUGUAAAUGAAAAUGUCACUAAAGAGACUAUACAACAGCUAUAUCCUUAUGACAAUAAUGGUGAUGUAAGUCGUAAAGUUAUGUAUUUACAUCGAAGAUAUUAUAAAGAUGAAAAUGGGUUGAUCCGCGAUCAACUGAAAGACAAUAGAGUGAUAUUUAAUCCUAUUUACACAUUUGAUAUGAUUAUGGGAUGCCAUCUUUUAAACUCACAUCCAGCUGCUCGACAUGUUCACCAAGGUUUAUGGGAAUUUUAUGCUAAUGUGAGUCGUGACUUGGUCGAGAAGACGGUGCAGUUCUGUACGAAAUGCAAUCCAGAAAAAAAAUUAACGCCACUGGUAAAAGUCAGAUCAUUUAAUGUCCAUAAUGGGUUACUGCCAUUAGAAAGAGUCCAUUUUGAAAUAUUCGAACCAUACCCAGGUGAGUUGAUCGAGGGGAAAUAUAGUCAUGUGCUUUACUGCAGAGAUUAUUAUUCUAGAUUUUUGUGGAUGAUGCCAUUGAAGAGUACUAAGUUUAAAAGAAUUGUUCCAAAAGUAGCUGAAAUGUUAUUACUUUUACCAAGAUUACCUAUAUUUAUUGAAUCAACUUCUCUAAAUUGGCAAGACAUGUUCGAUAUCUUUGAGACUAUUGCAAAGAAGUACUCGUUAGAUAUUGGAUUAGGUACUGGACAAAAGCAUGAAUUGUUUCAUGUAGGAUCACUAAAUCAUACUAGACAAAGGUUUCUUAAACACAAGAAGGAGGGGAUUAAGGAUUGGAAUAUGUUACUUUUAAAAUGUUGUAACCGUCGUAAUUAUCUAUACGAUAUUCAAAUUAGAGGUGUUCCAGCAAAUUUUCUAAGUUGCAACGUUCCUAAUUUGAAGCAGAAAUUUAGAGUCAAGAGAUCUAAUUAUAUGUACAAAGCAACAGGUUCAAAUAUUGUAAAGGUUGGUAAGGGAUGUAUAUAUCUGGAAGUCGAAAAUGAAAAUGAAAACAAUGAGAACGACGAAGGGCAACAGAAUCAAGAAAAUACUACUAGCAAUCUCACAAAUCAAGAUGACGCUUUUGAAAUUAUGAACAGUAUAAGUGAUAGUGAUGAUGAAGUUGUGAUUGCCAAAUACAAAGAUAUGCAAUCGGAAAGAAAUCCUUCAAAAGCCAUGAAACAAAAAAUAGUAAUUGCCAAAUCUUCAGAUGACGUUACAAAUACAAUCAUUAACGAGAAAAUUGAUAACACCCGAGAUAUGGAAGAUAUCAAUGGUGAUACUCUUACCACCUCUAUUGAAACAUUGCAAAGAACUAAUAAUGGACUUAAUUUAGAACAAUUACCACAGAGUACUCAAGAAAUGGAACCUGUAUCCAGGAUAACAGACGAAUCAUGUGAAAUAGUAGAUUCUUCUACUGCAUAUAUUCAAAAUCCAUCUUCUGAUAGACGUUCAAGAGACAUAGAUGAUGAAGAGGAUGAACCUACAAAAAAGAAAGCUCAUCUUUUUGUCGUUGGAGAUGAAGAGUCGAAUAUAUCAAGAGAACUGUAA